GUUGGUUCACAGAUUGUAUGAAAGAAACCGGGAGGAAAUGUCGGAUGUAUUAUGUACAAUUUACAUAUUUCUCUAACUUUUUUGGUUUAUGUAAAAAAGAUGAUUUUAUCUAUAAUAUGCGAAUAAUUUGAUAAAAUAUCAGUGAGAAAUGCGAGAAAAUGUAUCCCGCGAAUCACAAGACCAUAUUCGUACUGGAUCACACACCGUACUUUGGCAUUUCCACCGAGUGUCCAUUGGAGUUUGACUUUCUGAAAAGUAGGGGACAGAAUUUGAUUCCGCUAGCACCGGUCUGCAAAUCCCUAUGGACUACCAGCGUCGAGGCCUCGUUGGAGUACUGUCGUAUUGUAUGGGAUCUCUUUCCCACAGGCAAAUUGAUUAGAUUCGUGGUUACUGAUCGUGCUGCUUAUGUAUUGAACUCAUGGAGCCCGUUGCAACAGAAUUUGAAUCAUAUAAUGAAUGGCACUGCCAUUUUGGGAGUGCCAAUGAAGACACCGGAUCCCGGCGAAGACUAUUCGGUGAUACAUGGUUUGCGUGUGGCGAUUGAAACUCUAAAUGAAUGCUCUGAGAUACAACACGAGAAAAGGACUUCUCUGAAUGAGAACACUACUAAGUUGGUAAACAGGGGUAGGGUAAUAUGUAUCACAAGCGCACGUGAUAACAGCAAUAUGAAGAGUUUGGAGAAUAUAUUUCUAAAUGAACUUGCACAGGAAAAUAAGACUGCACUAGCCUCGGAUCACUUGAUACCCAUUGAUUAUUGUCACUUGGUUAUAUUGAACAUAUAUCCCAAUAACAUUGAAUCUCAAGUCACUAGUCAAGGCCCUCGAGAGAUAUCACCUUUACUAACAGUAGAAGUGCAUUCGAUUAAGGCCUCGACGCUUCAUUCUAAGUUAUCGCAUCUGAUUUUAUCUCACUACGAUCUAGCCAGCACCACAGUGACAGGUAUACCCAUGAAAGAGGAGCAAAACGCCAGUUCUUCCGCCAAUUACGAUGUCGAGAUAUUUCACUCCUCCUCCGCACAUACUGCAAUUUUGAAAGCAAAUCCGCAAGAUUCAGCGUUGAUAAAAACAUUCAGACGUUUUGAAGAAGGUUCGGAGUAUGAGACGGUUACUUUAAAAUGGUGUACACCGCGUGGCUGUAGCGCAUCGGAGAUGCAGUAUUGCACGGCGAUGCAUCGCAUCACGCCGGUUGACGUCAACAGUAGGCCGUCUUCAUGUUUAAUCAAUUUUUUACUAAACGGACGAUCGGUGAUGUUGGAGAUGGCCAGGAAGACUGGUGGAAAGACUAUCUCUCAUCUGUUGGCAGCACAUGGUGGAGAGAUUUUUAUUCAUACUCUAUCCACUGCUAGAAGUGUACUAGAGGAUCCUCCGUCAAUUAGCGAAGGCUGUGGUGGACGAGUUACAGAUUACAGAAUAACUGAUUUUGGUUUCCUUAUGCGAAAUAACGUGUUAGUACCACUUAAACGUAUUUCCAAUUCUAAUGAUGAUGGGCCAGUAGAAAAAAUGAGAUCAAGGUUAGAACGUCAUACUAAAUAUUGGCCCAUGACUAUUUCCAGUACUCUCAUGUUCAAUUUAAAACAGGUGAUAGAUCCGCUCGCAGAACUAAUGGUGAAGGAAGAGUUAACUACGGAUGAAGUGUUACAGUGUAAGCAAGUAAUCUUCAGUGUACUCGGAUUGGAAGCGAAGCACGAGACGUUGCCGCUACCAAACAUCGGUGGUGGUCGCGGCGGGAAGGGAGGAGUACGCAGGGAAGAACAUUAUCGUUUGCUAUGGGACGAGAUGGAAACGUUUCUCAAACACCACGCGAACAAUUCGGCUACACAUACCGAAGUGCUGAACUGUUUAUUGGAGAUCAGAAAUAAAGAUGACAAGGACAAGGUGGAGCUUGAUCAGGCUUUACGCGAAUUAGACAGUUUCGGUAAGGAAGAUGGAACUGCUCGAGUUAGCGUAAUUAGAGCGACGACAGACUCACCAAUGUCGCCGCCGGCGAGCGUGUCAAUACCUUUGAACAAGCAGUUGCACAAGGCCAAUGCUGGAUCGAAGAGUCUCCUGGACAUUUGGCUACAGCGCAGCGCCCCAAAGGAUAAAAAACCGGACUUUCAUGGUAGAAUCAACAGCGAUGGUCUUAAAGCGAAGCUAUAUCCAAAUUUGAAAGACACGGGAAGAGAACCCAGAGAGACCAUCUUAGAGGGAUAGUUUGAACGAGGAUUUUCAGAAAAGGCGGAAUACAUCCUGAGAAGACGCCAUAUAUGACCAUUACAAAUGGAAAAUCCAGGAAUUAAAAUCCACGCAAGAAUUGAUAGAUUUAAUCAGAGUUAAGAAUAUAUAAUAAGAGAAUUAAGAAGAUAGGAUUUAUUAGAAACUGGAACUCUGGAAGAAUAGAUUCAGAUUACAAAAGACAUCAUAAUACAAGGUCUACAUGUAAUAAACUAAGAAAAAUUCAAGAAUUCAGGUAGGAUAAGAGAAAUAUAACGACGAGACAAAAUAUAUAAUACAAGCAUACGAUUAUCCGAGAUUAUCAUCGGAUAGCUCGAUACCGUGCGAAGAUCUAUCUGUCUACAAGAGUACGUGGGAUGAAAGUGUAUCAGUGGUACAACACCAUUCCAGCUCCCACCUUUUCCUCCACCGUUCUACCGCCGACCGUACCCCUCUCCAUUCCUCCGGCUGUUUUAUAGUCGACACGUCUGCCGAGUGUCUGAACCGUCUAAACGAUGCAUCGACCUCUGUCGAAUCUAUAGUUCACUUCGGCGUGCGGCCCCCGCCGUGCUAAUCGAUGAAUGUAGGAGGACAUCGAAACAAGAGAGAAGCAAGGAGAGGACGGACUCGAUCGCGUGUAUUGCGCGUAACACAGUGUGCACGAUCUUUCUCUUUCUCCUUCAGUGAGAGAGAUAGACAAUGAAAGGGAAAUAUACAUAGACGAAAGAAAGCCCGUAGUACAGGGUGAUCAUUAGGAAGUUAUUGAAACUAAACUGACGCGUUGUAGAUAUACUUACUUGAUGCAAUCCUUGUCAGGGAAAGAUAUAACGGUUUACCCGAAGAUUUGCAAGUUUACAGAAUGGUAGAAUCUUCUAAAUUCAAGAUUGAAGAACUUGAAGCAGAAGAAGACACCAGAGGAAUCAAAGAACCUUUAAAUAUUGCGAAUUGAAGAUAACUUCGAUGUAAUUGGUAACCCGAAAUGGUAACUUCUGGUCCAGCCGCUCAGCAAAUCAUUUGUCCUAGCAUCUCAAUUGUCCUAGACACUUUAAAGAUCCAUCUAAAUUUAUUCUCAAUCUGCUCUUCUAAAAAGAGAAAUGCAGAGUUAUAAGAAGAAAAUUAUGUGACAAUCAAAUCGAUCUAUUUCGAGCGAGGCCAUUACUUAUGCUGCACCUUAUAUAAUGUAACCUGCUAAAAGAGAGACAGAUGGGACGGCGACAAGGGAGGCGAGAGGAUUACGAAGAGAACGAGGAAGAGGAGGAGGAGGAGGAAGAGGAAGAAGAGGAGGGUUGCGGAAGGGGACCAGUGAGUACAAGUGCAUGACGUAACGGUUCAUUCAUCCCGAGACAGGCGAUAGAGGAUAUCCCGGUCAAUGGUAUACUUAUGCAUGUAAACGCGCGCACACGUAUGAUAUAUAUAAGUAUGAGUAUGUAGCAUGCACAUGUCCGUCGCGUUGUUCAUUUCUAUUUUUUUUUCCGGACGUACGCAUCACGUGCAUGCGUGCGUGCAGAGAUGUGAAGCAACACGUGAUAGAAUAUAGAAUUAGAAUGUCCGUCGGGGUUUUUUUCUCGAACUUUUGUAUUCUUCUCAAUUUAGAGAGUUUAUUGUGUUGCUUAAUUGCAAUACGAAGCAAAUACGAAGCGUUUUUAUAUCAUCGUAUACAUUCUCCCCACAAUUAAUGUUCCAGUCAUUAAAUGUCUGUACUUGUCGACGAAUUUACUAAUUCAAUUACAUUGCAUAUUGCUAAAUUAUAAUACAUAUUAUUAUAUAUAGAUAUUACUGCAUAUAUAUAAGUUAUACUAUAUAUAUAUAUAUUUGUGCUUUUUUAAAUAUUUUGUAUGUAUAUAUGAUUUCGAUAUUAUUUAAAACAAGUUGGAAUCAACUUUAACGAUUUCAGCAAAAUUUAAACUUUAUCGUAAAAAUAUUGCACUUCCAGAUAUUUUUGUUAUGAGGAAUACGGUUUAAUAUACGCAAUAUUGGAAAUUUAAAAUUUGAUCUUUUAUUGGCAUAUAUAUAACAACUAUUAAUUAUCGCGAGUAUCACAAUUAUUCCUCGUUAGAUUUUAAUGGAGAAAUAUAGGUUUCUAUAUUCACAUGUUUUCAUCUAGGGGUUUCAGCGGGAAUGUACUAAUUAAUCGCUAUAUAAUUAUUAGCAUUAAAGAUGAUAAUAUUCAUUACAUAUAAUCUGUCUUAUCACUGAUACAAAAAUAUUUGGCAGACAAAUGUAUUGAUAUUGCUAGAAUCGCGAUGGAAAUCUGAAUUUCUUGUUUUAACUGUUCGCCCACAUCGAUGAGAUCGGCGUUAUAUAAUCGAACAUCGUUGUGUAUAUAUAUAUACACAACGAUCAAUAUCAAUGAAGUGCGAUAAUAUGCGCUCCUACGGGGAAUUAUUUAUAGCAUCGUCAAUAUUUUAUGUCGUAAAUAUUACAUACAGUACAUAACGGCAGGGAUACUGAAUAUGUUAAAUAGAUGUAUUAAUUGUGUUGCUUUAGCAGCAGAGCGACUGUAUCGUGCCACGACGAGAUACGUGAGUGUGCAGCGUUUAUAUAAUUGAAACUCGCGAGUAUAGCUGGUACAUAUCGAUCGCGGCCUCCGAGGGUCACUGAACGAAACGAGGGAACGAACCGGGUUCAGCGCGAGCAAAACGCGGUAUCCUUCUGCGCCAAUAAAUAAUUAUAGACAGGAAUUUUAAAGACGAAAAUCUCUCUCAAUGGACGCCGGUUAUGACAAGAGAUAACAAGAUGAAUUGUAAUCAAUUAAACAAUAGUUUUGAUUAAUUUAAAUAUAAAAUACAAAAAAGGAUUUUAUAUCGCUGGUCUAGAUAUAUUUUAUAUGUAUGACUAUUUUCUCCACUUUUAUGAAUUCAUUUACUCUUGAUUCAUUAAAUUAUGUUAUUUAUAUGACAUCUAUAUUUGAAAGAAUUGAUAAAUUGUUAAUCCAGAAUUAACUAAAUGGGAUUAUUGAGCAGAUUAACGUGAGUUUUUUUAACUAAAGCUUUUUUAACUAAGGCUUUGAAAAAGGAUGCUAAAUAUAUUCAAUGCAUUAUAGUUUUAUACUUAUUAAUUAUUUAUACGUUAAUUACUUAUUAUUUAUUUUAUAUGUAUUAAUUAUUUAUUCUCAUACUUUUUAUUUGCUAGACUUAACUGUUUUACACGAAGCUACUGAAUAGAUAAUACAUUUCUCAAAAUAUUAAUUCUUAUUUAUUUUAGAUACGGAAGUAUUUUUAAAUAUGAAACUAUAUUUCUCGAUUAAUUUGCAACUUUAGCUCAGCGAAAUCUUUAUACUCGAUAUAAACCUCGACGACGGAAGCAGAAGCUCAGGCUUAAAUUUUUCAGGGUAUUCCAUAGGGUCCCAUUGAAGACUUUGGCGGCAGCAUGGAACCCGUUUCCCCUUCGUAGGGCUGCCGCCCUUCAAGGCUUACGGUCCGACCGGCUCUUUGUCGUCCCUUUGAGCGACGUCCCUGCAGAAUGUACAAAGCACUAAAGAGAAGCGCAGGGACGUAUUGUAUGGGGAAAUAUACAGUGUGUACCCAAGAUUUUUUUCUCAAACAGCAUCGGAAGAACUGUAUUAAAGUACGAAACUAAUACGAAGAAAAAAUCUGUACGAUUAAGAUCAAGAGGACGUGCUGUAAUAGACAUGCACAAAUUUUAUGCCAAUAUAAAAGUAAUAUAUUUGUGUAAUAAAGAGUAUGAUAAGGUAACGAAAAAAAUAAUUUUACAUUCAAUAAAAAUGUAGAAUUUUAUAUCUAUGAAAAAAUGAAUAUUAUAUUACAUAUAUAUUAGAUGCAUCAAUUAUAUACCACAAUCAGUGAUAUACAUGUAUAAUUCUGCAUUAAAAGAGGAAAAUUUUAAUAUUUAAUAAAAUUUUUGAAAAUUGUAAAUGUGUAAAAAGAAAUUUCGUGAAAAUUUCGUGAAAAUAAAAAUAAUUACG